CACGUUUCGACUCUCCUCUGCCAUUUCGCAAACUUCCAAAUCAAACGACGAAUGACCAGAAGAUUACGUGCCUCGUAAAUUUAGUGUACGCAUUCCGGAUCUUGAUUUUUAUUCACUUUUCCGCAGGACCCUUGUCUCCAUGUGCGCAUCGACAAUGGCACAGUAGACGCCCUUGGCUCGUGGUCCGUUCACCUGAUCUUAAAGAGCUUUUAUAGGUGUCAAACCUCUGUUACCUUUCAUGCGCUAAUGAAAAUAAUUUCCUUUUCGUUUGGCUUCCUCGCGAGCACGUACGUUUUGUAGAACUUUUAAUUGGUAGUUAGUAGUCUCUGUUAUUAGAAACUUUGAUCAGUUGCGCCUUUCAUCCGUCCCAACAAUUAGACGCAUGGAAUUUGCGUAAAGCCUAAAAUGUACAUUUGACCGUAUCAACUGUAGACAAAGAAGAUAUGGAGUUUACAAGUAAAGAGAGGAGCAUUUUAUAUCUAUUGCUCUUUUCAAUAUGCAUGAUCCAUAUUUCUUUUUGUGCAAAAAAGACCAACGUUCGAAGAUCUGAGCGCCUCAGCCCUCCAUUGGACAUCCAGUUGGAGACGGUGAACUGCUCAGCCUUCAGUGUGCGGUGGAAGAUGCCCCGGCGCCAUGUCAGCACCAUCACCGGCUACAAGGUCUUCUACACGGAGAUGAGGAACAAUCGGCCAGUGAGCACAGCCGUUACGCUGGAGGUGCCUCUUAGUCUGGACAUGCUGACCACCGGGCAGCUGGAUGGACAAGCAAGCUUUGAUGUUGACAUUGGUGACCUUAAAGUAGCGACGCAGUACAGAGUUAGUGUUGGUGCGUAUGGAUGGGCAGGUGAGGGCCGUCCCAGCAUGCCGAGGGAUGUCAGCACCUCUCCACAGGAGAUGUGCAUGCCCCCAUCACCCCCAACUCAACCCAAUGUGGCGGCCGUGUCGGACACUGAGCUUGCGUUGUCAUGGACACAGGGCGAGAGUGAGGGAAGUGCUCCGGUUCUACACUUCCUUGUGGCUUACAUCCGGCCUGAGAUGGACACCGAAUGGACCUACAUCAGGGAGCCCAUAGAGGCCAACUCCAUGGUGCUGAAGGGGUUAAGCCCUGACACAGAGUACCAGUUUGUGGUCCGGGCUGUCAACGUCCACGGAGUAAGCCCUCCCAGUUCCAUCAACAACCCUGUCCGCACACUUGCCUGGGCUCCGUCCGCCUGGUCCGGCUCAAAUCUGGGGACCAGGUUCCAGUAUUGGGAGAAGGACCCUUACUACAGGAUGUCAGGGUCAGUAGAGAUGGACAGCAGUGGUUAUGGCCAGCGCUACAUCACCGAUGCCAAGAUCAAAGACGAAGAUGGGUUUGACAUAGAUGACUCUGACUACGAUGUCUUCAUUGAGGAGCUGAAUCCGUUUCCCGCCAUUCCCAACGGCGACAACCAAAGAUCCCAGCUCCGUUCCUGGUCUGGAAUGCCAUCCUCUCAGCCUGGCCGGAACGUCAUCUACAGAAUGGGCACGGCCGCGCCCGAAGCCACCCUCGUCCCCUCCACCUCCGCCGACAUAGAGAUGGGCUCCCCGUUAACCCCCGUCACCCCCGAGUUAAUCCCUGGGAGUGCCGCCACCGACGGCUCCACGCUGCCCCCCACCACUCCUACACCCCCCAUGACCCAGUGGAGGGGCCCUGUCCCGCGGCUCUACGACCUGGCCUGUGAUGACACGGUGUGCCCCUCUGACAGCUUCUGCCUCAGCGACUACGAGAGUGGAGGCUCACGCUGCCACUGCAACCUGGGUCGCGGUGGCGACUUGUGCACCGACGGAGUGGCUGUGCAGUUUCCAAGAUUCUAUGGCCACUCCCACAUGACCUUUGAACCUCUAAAGAACUCUUACCAGAACUUUCAGAUUUCCAUUGAAUUCAAGGCUGACUCUGAAGAUGGCUUGUUGCUGUACUGUGGGGAGAAUGAGCAUGCCCGGGGAGACUUCACCUCUCUGGCUCUGGUCCGAGGCAAGCUUCAUUACAGGUUCAACUGUGGCACAGGGGCGGCUCAGAUAGUGAGCGAGAGUGGCGUGGUGCCGGGACGGUGGCACAGAGUCACGGUGUUCAGGGACGGCAUGAGUGGCUGGCUAAGGAUGGACAAUGACACGCCUAUCUCAGGGCGCUCGCAGGGACAGUAUACCAAGAUCACCUUCCGCAGUCCGCUGUAUGUGGGCGGGGCCCCAAGUGCCUAUUGGCUGGUCCGGGCGACAGGCAGCAACCGAGGGUUCCAGGGCUGCAUCCAGAGCCUGACCGUCAACAACAAGGCCACAGACCUCCGUCCCUGGCCCCUCGGCAGUGCCCUGAGCGGGGCAGACAUCGGUGAGUGCAGUGACAGUGUGUGUGAGCAAGUGACUUGUGCCAAUGGAGGGAUCUGCUAUGCCAACCGCGCUGAUGGCUACAUCUGUCUCUGUCCACUGGGCUUCAGAGGAGAGCUCUGUGAAGAGAGCUUCCUGUUGUCUCUGCCGCUCUUCAACGAGACGGUGUUUUCGUACGCCAGCACACCCUGGCCACAGUCCCUACUCAGUUACCUGUCCUUCAUGGAGUUUGAGAUGACCUUCCAGCCAGCCAGGCCUGACGGCACCCUGAUCUAUAGUGACGACGCCGGCAGCCGGGACUUCCUGGCCAUCAACCUGGUGGACGGAUACGUAGAGUUCCGCUUCGACUGUGGCUCGGGAGAGGCUGUCAUCAGGAGCGAGGAGCGGGUGAGCAUGGGGGCGUGGCACGAGCUGCGUGUGUCUCGCACCGCCAAGAGUGGCAUCCUGCAGGUGGACAGCCAGAGACCCGUGGAGGGCAUAGCGGAGGGAGCCUUCACGCAGAUCAAGUGCAGCUCCCCUCUGUACAUCGGUGGUGUUCCUGAGUAUGACAACACCAAGAGUGCAGCGGCAGUGCUCCGACCCUUCACCGGAACCAUCCAGAAGCUGGUCCUGAACGACCGCGGCGUCCCGCUAACCGAGGGCUUUGCUCUGGGGGUGAACGUGGGGAACGCUGCCCAUCCGUGUGUGGAGAGUCCCUGUGCCAACGGUGGCACCUGCCGGCCCAACCGGGACGGGUACGACUGUGACUGCUCCCUGGGGUACGACGGGCGGCACUGCCAGAAGGAAUGUGGGAAUUAUUGUUUGAACACUGUCACAGAGGCAAUCGAGAUUCCACAGUUCAUUGGCCGCAGCUAUCUCACAUAUGACAAUCGUGAUAUCCUUAAAAGGGUUUCAGGUGUCAGGACAAAUAUGUUCAUGCGUUUUAAGAGCACGGCAGAGGACGGUCUGCUACUGUGGCGAGGCGACAGUCAAGUGAGGCCCAACAGUGACUUCCUGUCUCUAGGACUGCAGGAUGGAGCGCUCAUCUUCAGUUAUAAUCUGGGCAGUGGCGUUGCCAACGUGAUCGUCAAUGGAAGCUUCAGCGAUGGACGGUGGCAUCGAGUAAAGGCUGUCAGGGACGGCCAAUCAGGGAAGCUGACUGUGGACGACUACGGUGCCCAGACUGGCAGGUCUCCCGGCAAGAUGAGGCAGCUGAACAUCAACGGGGUCCUCUAUGUUGGUGGGAUGAAGGAGGUCUCCCUGCACACUAACCGACGGUACAGCGGAGGACUGGUGGGCUGCAUCUCCCACUUCACCCUGUCCACUGACUAUCACCUGUCCCUGGUGGAAGACGCCGCCGACGGCAAGAACAUCAACACCUGCACCAACUGAAAGUCCCGCUGUCCGUGUGUCCCGGGGCCCUGCGUCACCAACACAGCCGUUCAGAUUAGCGGUGCCGAUCUGGGAUCAGUUGAACCUUUCAGAUGAGGAAGAAUGGUCUAGGUGGACCUGAUCCAAGCUCAGCACUUCUACUUUGAGGUACUUUGUGGUCACUGGGCUUUUCUAUUCGGAGGCCAGGUCUGGUCACCAAGGGUCCGGAUCACACAGCCGACUGGAGCGGAGACCGCGAUGGCACUCCUUGAAAACGAGUGUCGCAACCUCAACCUGUGAAGGACAAUUUGAUGGGAUGGUUUUGAGGAUAUCCAUUCAUUUCUUUUCUACAUCUUUAUUGAAUGAUUUCGAGAACCCAAAAUAUUUAGUGAAUCAUGGUUUUGAUAAAGCAACCAAACAUGACUUCAGACGUUCGUAGGAAAAUAAGCUUGUUUUUUUUAGAUGUGUUUUUGAAAGUCUGUUCUUGGCACGUUACAAUAUGUAGUGUUGUGUUGUCAGAUUCAACCAGUCCAUAGAUUACACCGUGUGUUUUGCAGGUUGCUAGUUUUGGAACGUGAUGAAGAUCCCUGUUGUGAGAGUCUAGAUCAGGGUCAAGCAUAUGCAAACAUGCCCUCAGUAGGUUUAAAAAUACACGCUAUGUCACUUAUCAACAACUUGAACUUAAUCAAAAGUAUGUAGAAAUGAUUUGUGGAUCUAUUCUGCUUAGUUUGGCCUUCAAAUCAGUUUCUGAAAAAUAAAUCGGACAGACUAAGAAACAUGUCCGGGCCUCUGUUGAAUUUCUGAAUUCCAGUGUUGCUCUUGUUUAAAGGCACAGCUAGAUUUUCAUGAUGAUUAUAGAUCUUUUUUACAUAAAUUACAACAUCUUAGUCCAUGAAUACCCAUCAAACCCUCUAAUUACACAGAAAUAAGAAACUAUUAUAUUGCACUAUUGCUGAAAAAAGGGUUAAGGACACUUCUGAUUGUACAAAAAUCUAAAAUAAGGUAUAGGAAUCAAUCGCUGACCUCUUCAUUUUAAAUGGUAUGCUGCCAAUGCCAACCUUCUAGUUGUGUUGUGGAGCUGGUUCUGAACCCAAAUACUAAUGGUUCAUUUAGUCACUGUUUCAUGAAUUCACCACCGGAGCAGUUUCACCACCAAGGACAUUCUGAGAAUGUUCUUUAUGGAUACUGUAUGUCUUUAUUUGGGGACACAUUUUUGUUAUUGUUGCAAAAAUAUUCAUGUUUUGUUUAAAACAGAAAACACCAAAUAUGUCCAUAGAACAUUGCUAAUGAGAGAUAUUUGGAAUAAAAAAAAAUAGCUAAA